UUUCGGGGGCUGGAACUCGCCUCACCGACGUCGGCUCCAGCGCAGGGCUGAGCUUCGUUCCUGAUUGGCUGGUCGCAGGGGCCGUCCCCCCGCCCGCCACCCCUGGGUUCCCUCCCGGGUCCGCAGUGGAAACACAGCCCUCUCCCUUCUUGACCCCUCUCUCUUCCUUCCUCCUCCUUUCCCUCCCUCCCUCCAGCCGCUGUAGCUUCUGGCGCCGCUGCCCCCGAAGGCGCUCCCGGCUCGGCGAUGGGGUCUCGGGCCUCUACGUUACUGCGGGACGAAGAGCUUGAGGAAAUCAAGAAGGAGACUGGCUUUUCCCACAGUCAGAUCACUCGCCUCUACAGCCGAUUCACCAGCCUGGACAAAGGAGAGAAUGGGACUCUCAGCCGGGAAGAUUUCCAGAGGAUUCCAGAACUUGCCAUCAACCCACUGGGGGACCGUAUCAUUAAUGCCUUCUUUCCAGAAGGAGAGGACCAGGUAAACUUCCGUGGAUUCAUGAGAACCUUGGCUCAUUUCAGACCUAUUGAGGAUAAUGAAAAGAGCAAAGAUGUGAAUGGACCAGAACCACUCAACAGCCGAAGCAACAAACUGCACUUUGCUUUUCGACUAUAUGAUUUGGAUAAAGAUGACAAGAUCUCCCGUGAUGAGCUGUUACAGGUGCUACGCAUGAUGGUUGGAGUGAAUAUCUCAGAUGAGCAGCUGGGCAGUAUCGCAGACAGGACCAUUCAGGAGGCUGAUCAGGAUGGGGACAGUGCCAUAUCUUUCACAGAAUUUGUUAAGGUUUUGGAGAAGGUGGACGUUGAGCAGAAAAUGAGCAUCCGAUUUCUUCACUAAGGGAUGAAACCAAAUUGUUCGUUGCUUUCUAGUAUUUAAGAAACUUGAGAGUCCUCCUGUCUACCAGCCCUGCCUUUACCCCAUCAUUCCCCUUAUCCUAACGUACUACUGCUGUUGCAUGACAACCCCACAUAUGUUCUGUCAACACAAACCAGCCUUUAGUAUAUAAACAGGGCAUUACAGAAUGGUACACCCCGUCUAUUUCUAUUCAUUAUCCAUUCACCAGUUCUCCAUUUAUAUAUAUCAUCUUGCUAAUGAAUGCUACACAUCCAUCCAGUCUGAGAAAGUAAGAGGCCAUCAUGCCAAGGUCAAGCCAGCAAAGCUCCUUCACCAGAUGUGAACUGUAGCCAUGCUGCCUUCUCUCCAGCGAGGCCUUGGCAUACUUUUCAUCCUUUUUAUAUGUCUUUUGCUUCCUACUUCUCUUGUCACCCCACAAACCAUUCACUUAGUCUUACCAUCCCUCUCCUUUUUACUGAGUCUCAAAAUCUCUGUUCUACUUGGCAUCCCAAACUAUACCUGUUAAAUAUGUCUGACUUGGCAGGAUAGUUGGGUGGUCUGGCAGUUAUUAUCACCAUCAUACUUCAAUGGGUCUCUGGGAUGUUGCCUCUCCAGGAGCUUUUGGAUAACAUCAUUUCUUUCUGAAGAAUGAGACCAUAUCUUUGACCCUUGCACUCCGUUCUGUCAUCAAAGGGUUGUUGGGUAAAGCAUCCUUCUUGAAAGGUGGGAGAUAUAUAGCCAAGUCUUGCCCAGGUCUCUUUACCUGUGGCCUUCCAUUCUCAACUUAUGUACCUACAUGGCUCCUCUUAUUAGUACAGUAUUGUUUAUUAAGAAGAUAGCCAUAUGCCUGCAGGUUUGCUUAGUUUGAGGACACCAUUACUACCAGAAUGGCUGCUAUGACAAUGUGCUUGGGAACUUUCUCAUGGGUUCUUGAACAAGGAGGGUGGGCACCCUGUAAAGCCUGCUGAAUUCAUACCUGUGCAGCAUGGUUUAUGCCUCAGUGUUAUAUGCACUGGAAUAUUUUCCACUUUAUGUUUCCAAGUAGAGAAAUUAGUGUUAUGGAAGUGCCUAAUGUAUCCCAGUCCAAAAAAUUUAAAGAUUGUCCUUAGUAUCUUGAGGUUUUACACAAAAUUCUUUAUGAAUUUUACACUUGGCAAAAUGUUAAUGCUGGAAACCAUAGUCAGCGCCUGAUGCAAGUCCAAAGCAUUGAAUGUAUUAUAUCGUUAGCUGCCUGUAAUCUUAGCUUCCUAGUUCUAGUAGACCACUGCUAAUCCCUUAGAAACAAGGGGUCUUCCACUGGUGGUUCAACCUAAGGUGGCAUUACAGGUCUUUGAGCAAGCCACAGCAACUUUUCUGCCAAUCAGCUUAGUUUAAGCUUCAAUGAAUCAAGCUGUUGCCAUCCUCAUGUAUGUCUGUAUGAGUCUAUUCAUCCAUGUAUCUGCCCUUGACUGACUUUCUCUUACUCAUUGCUUGCUUGCUUGCUUGUUUCCUUGCUUUCAAAGGCUAAGAUGUGUACAUAAUUCUUUAGGAAGAGGACUGUGAAAAAAUGCCACUGCAAAAGGAUGGAGAAUGAAUGAUAGGGAAUAGGGCAGUGGCCAGGCUGGAUGGUUCAAGUAUAAAUGAAUGAAGAAUUCUUUAUGAAACAUCAGUCUGACUUUGUGAUCAAGUGAUGUAAUAUAGGAACUGUAUAAAAGGGAAGAAUUGUCUGAUAACUGAUCUGUAAAAGAGGUACUUCAGAGGCUCCUUGAUUCACAUAUUUAAAGUUUCUAAGAUUAUGGCUUUCCCCACUUUUGGCUGUACAGCAAACUGUUUUAAUCCACAGUUGUGCCUUAUUGUUCCAUUAAAAUUAUAUCAUCAAUCCAUCAAUAAAUACUUGUGAUUAAAACAAAA